AUGCAGUCCAAAACCAAGGCCAUCUACGAGAAUUGCCGCGUACUAGAUAUCUCCGGCAACCUCUUAUUCAAAACCAGCAGGAAGCGUCUUGACUGGUACCUAGCGCGGCAGCUAGCAAACGAAAUAGACCCCGGGACGAUCCAAUUGACCUUUACCAACAAGGGCAGCGGGCGCACCCACGAGCCAUUUUACCUCCAGGACAUGCGCAACGCCUGCGUCGUAUGCAACUCAGACCAGCAGCUGACCCAGCACCAUGUGAUCCCCUACCAGUACCGACAAUUCAUGUCUGAGGAAAUCAAAUCCCGCUCAUCCUUCGAUCUCCUGCCGCUCUGCGCCCGCUGCCACGACGCGUAUGAGAGACAUGCAGUUUUAUUCAAAAAGCACCUAGCCGCGUGCUACGAUUCGCCGCUACUGGGCAUCGGGUGGGUUGAGCGGAGGGACAUAGGGAGUGCGGGGAAGGCUGCCGCGGCGUUGUUGGCACGCAACAAUAAGAUACCCGAGUCUCGGCUGUGUGAGCUGCGAAAUACCGUUCACGCAGGCUGGUGUCGGAACACCGAAGAGGAUGUUUUCGGGAUGGAAGAGUUGGUUUUGCAAGAGCUGUGCGAUAUGGAGGUCCGUGUGGCAGGCCCUGAUUUCCGUGCCCAUGGGGAUUUAGUUGUUGAUUCAGUGGCUGCGCACAGGGUGCUGCCGUCGAUGUGUGCUUUGUGCCGUGCCAUUGCGAUUGGUGGCGUUACGGAGCUUGUGGUGGCGUGGCGCAGGCAUUUUGUCGAGCAUGCGAGGCCUGCUUAUAUGCCAGAGCACUGGAUAGUUGAAUAUCCCGUACUGUGA